AAUUCCGAAAUUUCAGAAUCUCAGAAUCCUAGAAUCUCAGAAUCUCAGAAUCUCAGUAUUUCAAUAUCGCAAUAUCUCAAUAUCUCAGAAUCUCAAUAUCUCAGUAUCUCAAAAUUCCAGCUUUUCAGAAUCUCAGAAUCUCAGAAUCUCAGAAUCUCAGAAUCUCAGAAUCUCAGAAUCUCAGAAUCUCAGAAUCUCAGAAUCUCAGAAUCUCAGAAUCUCAGAAUCUCAGAAUCUCAGAAUCUCAGAAUCUCAGAAUCUCAGAAUCUCAGAAUCUCAGAAUCUCAGAAUCUCAGAAUCUCAGAAUCUCAGAAUCUCAGAAUCUCAGAAUCUCAGAACCUCAGAAUCUCAGAAUCUCAGAAUCUCAGAAUCUCAGAAUCUCAGAAUCUCAGAAUCUCAGAAUCUCAGAAUCUCAGAAUCUCAGAACCUCAGAAUCUCAGAAUCUCAGAAUCUCAGAAUCUCAGAACCUCAGAAUCUCAGAACCUCAGAAUCUCAGAACCUCAGAAUCUCAGAAUCUCAGAAUCUCAGAAUCUCAGAAUCUCAGAAUCUCAGAAUCUCAGAAUCUCAGAAUCUCAGAAUCUCAGAAUCUCAGAAUCUCAGAAUCUCAGAAUCUCAGAAUCUCAGAAUCUCAGAAUCUCAGAAUCUCAGAAUCUCAGAAUCUCAGAAUCUCAGAAUCUCAGAAUCUCAGAAUCUCAGAAUCUCAGAAUCUCAGUAUCUGAAUAUCGCAAUAUCUCAAUAUCGCAAUAUCUCAAUAUCUCAGAAUCUCUUUUCAACUCCUAA